AGGCCUUUAGGGGGAGUGUUGAGACGCGUGGAGACUGAGACUGGCACCGCGUCUGUGUGAAGGGGGAGAGGCUGGGAAACGACGGGAGCACAAGCGAGGCAGAGCUUCACCGUCUGUGGCCCUCUGUCCCCUCGUCCUCGAUGCCUGCAAAAAACACAUCGCCCUGCCGAUAACAAGGACGCGGAGCGAUCGAGGGAUAGACGCCGCCGCUGUAGCGCCAGAACCGGAGAGAUGUCCACGAUCCAGACGUUAUGAAGAUACAGUUGAACAAAGUCUCAGAUCUUCAGAUCCAUCAGGCCAGUCUUCAGUAACUAAAUGAAACUGGACUCCCUGAUAGCCUUCAAUCACUUAUCGCAACUCUACAUUUUUGCUUUCGCUCAUCCACCGCUAUAAAUGAGUGUCUCGGACAGCAAGAUCAGGGCUGGGGUGCACGUCAGAACCCACACAGAAUGUCCUGGAUCAACGGCUUCCUAGUGGCCAGAGUGGAUGACCGUAAGACCGCGUGGGGCGAGCGCAAUGGCAAGAAGUCCAAGCGCAAGGUUGGCUCCUCUCUCUGCAACCCACGCUACAUGAGCUGCCUGCGGGACGUGGAAGCCAUGGAGCCUCCUCCCCAGCCGCCCCACGCUCAGGCCACCCGGUCCGGAGGAGGAUGUACGGGCGGGGGCAACUUCGGCGUGCGCUGCGGAUGGCAGGAAGACCACUAUGGGAAAGUGGGGGGUGGGGGGGAGGGGUUGGGCCUUAAAUCUGUGGACCUGGGUUUCGAGGACGGCUCGGUGAAGGGGAGGAAAGGGGACGGCUCGGGUUGCGAUGGCUCCAGCGAUGACACGGCCAGCGGCACGGGGUCGGUAACGGCGGCGGACUGCUGGCAGCGGGUGGUUCGCGUGUUCCAAUCAAAGAAGUUCCAGUCACGCAAACUGGAGCGUCUCUACCAGCGCUACUUCUUUAGGCUCAACCAGAGCUCGCUCACGAUGCUGAUGGGCGUCUUGGUGAUCGUUUGUGGGGUCAUGCUCACCUUCCACUGCAUCCACGGACCGCCCGACGUGGUCUACGCCUCUGUGCUCUCCGUGGCCAUGGCCCUGUUCUUGGCGCUAAUGGUGGUGUGCAACCGAAACGGGUUCCACCAGGACUACAUGUGGAUGGUCAGCUAUCUUGUGAUUGGAGUGCUAAUCGUGGUGCAGGUGUUCGGGGUGCUGAUGGUGGCCCCCCGCAGCGCCUCCGAGGGGAUCUGGUGGUCCGUCUUCUUCAUUUACAUCAUCUACACGCUGCUGCCCGUGCGGAUGAGGGCGGCAGUGGUCAGCGGAGGAGUGCUGUCCUCCAUACACCUCCUCACCACGUGGAGGAUCAAUCAGGACGAUGAGUUCCUCUGGAAACAGCUGAGUGCAAACGUGCUGAUCUUCCUGUGCACCAACAUCAUUGGGAUCUGCACCCACUACCCAGCAGAGGUCUCUCAGAGACAAGCCUUUCAGGAGACGCGAGGCUACAUCCAGGCCCGACUGCACCUGCAAAGAGAAAACCAGCAGCAGGAACGCCUGUUGCUGUCUGUUUUGCCAAGACAUGUCGCCAUGGAAAUGAAGGCUGACAUCAACGCUAAAAAAGAAGACAUGAUGUUUCACAAGAUCUACAUCCAGAAGCACGACAAUGUCAGUAUUUUGUUUGCAGAUAUCGAGGGUUUCACUAGUCUGGCGUCGCAGUGCACUGCUCAGGAGCUGGUCAUGACUCUAAACGAGCUGUUUGCCCGCUUUGACAAGCUGGCUUCGGAGAACCACUGCUUACGGAUCAAGAUCCUGGGGGAUUGUUACUACUGCGUGUCAGGGUUACCUGAGCCCAGAGCGGACCACGCUCACUGCUGCGUGGAAAUGGGGGUGGACAUGAUUGAAGCCAUUUCAUUGGUGCGAGAGGUCACAGGGGUCAAUGUAAACAUGCGGGUCGGGAUCCACAGUGGUCGUGUGCACUGCGGAGUUCUUGGAUUGAGAAAGUGGCAAUUCGACGUGUGGUCCAACGACGUCACGCUGGCCAACCACAUGGAGGCUGGAGGCAAAGCCGGGAGGAUCCAUAUCACUAAAGCUACUCUGCAGUACCUGAAUGGAGACUAUGAGGUGGAACCAGGUUUUGGAGGGGAGAGAAACGCCUACCUGAAAGAGAACAGCAUUGAGACCUUCCUAGUCUUGGGCUGCAGUCAAAAGCGGAAAGAGGAGAAGGCCAUGAUGGCUAAGAUGCAGCGCACGCGGACGAACUCUAACGAGGGUCUGGUGCCGCGAUGGGUGCCUGACAGAUCCUUCUCCAGGACUAAAGACUCCAAAGUCUUCAGACAGAUGGGCAUUGAUGAAACUUCCAGCAAAGACAACCGUGGUGCUCAGGAGGCGCUGAACCCUGAGGACGAGGUGGAUGAGUUUUUGGGCCGUGCCAUUGACGCUCGCAGUAUCGACCAGCUCCGCAAAGACCACGUGAAGAAGUUUCUCCUCACCUUCCAAACCUCCAGCCUGGAGAAGAAGUAUUCUAAGAAAGUAGAUGAUCGUUUCGGCGGUUAUGUGGCCUGUACACUGCUGGUCUUCUGUUUCAUCUCUUUUAUCCAGAUCGUCAUAUUCCCUCAUACUCUGGUCAUGCUGGGAAUAUACAUCAGUAUCUUCAUCAUUCUUGCCAACAUCCUCUUCAUCUGUGCCAUUUACUCCUGUGUAAAGCUCUUCCCUGCUGCUAUGCAGACUGUGUCCAAGAAGAUUGUUCAGUCUCGCACCAACAGCACACUGGUGGGAGUUUUCACCAUCAUCCUCGUCUUCAUCUCUGCCUUUGUCAAUAUGUUUUCCUGUGAUACACAGAAGCUUGUGGACUGUGUAUCAGAGCAGUUUAACUGGUCGUCAGAGAUGGUGACUCCCUGUGUGAUUCACAACUUGUCUCGCUCUGCAGCCGACGGCCUGAACAUCUGUCCCAGCAACACUCCCUCCUGCCCCUUCCCUGAGUAUUUCAGCUACAGUGUGCUGCUGACCCUGUUGGCCUGCUCAGUGUUCCUGCAGAUCAGUAGUAUAGGGAAGCUGGCUUUAAUGCUGCUCAUCCAGCUCACUUUCCUGCUGCUUGUGGAGUGGCCAGAGGUGGCGCUGUUUGACAACGCAGACCUCUUCGUUACUGCCAAUGCCCUUGUUUUCAAUGAAACUCUGCAAUGGUCCAAUCUCAAUACAACUACUGAGCAGUGUACUUUCAGGGUGACUAAAGUGUCCCUAAAGGUCAUGACCCCAGUGAUCCUCACUGUUUUUGUACUAGCACUGUACCUACAUGCCCAGCAAGUGGAGUCAACGGCUCGUCUAGACUUCCUUUGGAAACUUCAGGUCAGAAGAAAAGAGGAGAUGGAGGAGCUUCAAGCCUACAACCGCCGGCUUCUCCACAACAUCCUGCCCAAAGAUGUGGCCGCCCACUUUCUAGCCAGAGAGAGGAGGAACGACGAGCUGUACUACCAGUCGUGUGAGUGUGUGGCUGUCAUGUUCGCCUCCAUCAGCAACUUUUCCGAGUUCUACGUGGAGCUGGAGGCCAACAACGAGGGAGUGGAGUGUCUGAGGCUCCUCAAUGAAAUCAUCGCUGAUUUUGAUGAGAUCAUCAGUGAGGAUAAAUACAGGCAGCUGGAGAAAAUAAAGACCAUUGGCAGCACCUACAUGGCUGCAUCUGGCCUUAACGACUCCACCUAUGACAAGGAAGGCCGCUCGCAUAUAACCGCCCUGGCUGACUACGCCAUGCACCUCCGCGAACAGAUGAAAUACAUCAAUGAGCAUUCCUUCAACAACUUCCAGAUGAAGAUCGGACUGAACAUUGGGCCAGUGGUCGCAGGAGUUAUUGGCGCCAGGAAGCCGCAGUAUGAUAUCUGGGGAAACACAGUAAAUGUGGCCAGUCGGAUGGACAGUACAGGGGUCCCAGACCACAUUCAGGUGACCACAGACCUGCACCAGGUGUUGGCCAGUAAAGGUUACCAGUUGGAGUGUCGAGGGGUCGUAAAAGUGAAAGGCAAGGGUGAGAUGACCACUUACUUCCUGAACAACGGACCUCCCAACAGUUAGCAGUGCACUAGUUUCUUUGGAUUCCCACAAUUCCCCAGAGAGGAGGAGGAUUUCUCGAGGCAAGCAGAAGACAAACAAGUAGCCAUCACCAUCACUUGAAGAAAAAACAAAGAAAAAAGGAAGAUUAUUGAAAAAAAACAAAGCAGACUCCAGACUGGAGAUGGCUGUGCACCUUGAAGGACGAUUGUUUUUAAGCCUCUCCCUCAGGCUGCUUGAAAGAUGCAAAGUCUGUUUAUUUAAUAAAGGCCUUUAUUUGCCGAAGAAAAACGCUGUACAUAAGGCAUUUUCUCCAGUUUUAUUUUUGUGUGACAUUUUUUUCCUCUGUUAUUUUUUAUUUCAGGAGAAUAUAAAUACAGGUACUCAUGUUUUGUUCGGAAUUCCUUAUUUAUUUUAAUCUUGAUGUUUUGUGCAAAAAGUCCUUUAUGGAACAAGUGUGAAAAACACACACACAUUUAUACCGUACAUAAACACGUACGCUCGUAUAUCUGUGUGUGUACGAAUACAGUAUCUGUAUAAAUUAAGAAGAGAACUGUUGACCAAAGACCAAAGUAUUUAAUAGAAAAGAAGUUGUCAAAACGUUUGCGGGAGUUUUGAAUAUUAUGUAAUGCUCUUACGUCCUCACCCCUUGAUUUUACUCCUGUUUUUUUUUAUGACAUUUUAUCAUUUAAAGUAAAUUCCACUGAUUGAUUGACCAGCGGGUGACUGGCAGAGCAGUGUUCACCGGAUCACAUGAAGGACUGAAUGGUUUAUUUAAAGUCAUGCUUUUCCUUCAGAACGACGAAUUCCAGAUGGAAGAGUGUUUGAAAAAGCUGUGGAACAGUAGUUUUCUUUUUCCUUUUUUUUUUUGGAAGUACGACCAGGUCUGGGCCUUCAGCGCGUCCUCGAGGAAGACUUCGGUUUUGUUUCGUGUGUUCCGUCAACCAUUUCUUCUUUUUUCAAAGAAGUAUUUUUGGUACAAAAUGAAACAAAAGGAAAAAAAGAGUUUUUCGGAGGCAUCUGGGGAAAAGCCACGGCAUUGGAUACCACGGUACAAGACAGUUUAUCGAGAUCCAAUUCAUUCUAGAAGGACUUUUUUAAAAACGAAAGAAAUAUAUCUAUAAAUUAUGACUGAAUACUGUGCUUUGUAAUCUCGAAGGGGCAUAACUCUUUUCACUGUGAGGUUUCUAUGAUACAACUAGCUGCUUUCUUGCCAAACUAAACAGCUCAAAAGCAUGUCUGAUUGUGGUAUCUUCUCUACGAUUUUUGUUUGUUUGUUUGAUUCCCUGAAGUUGUUUGGGUAUUUUGUAUCACCUCUGUAUCCAUUUUUUAUUUUAUUUUAUUCCUAUUCUGGUUGUUCUUAUAUCUUUUCAAUUAUGAUUCCAUUCCAGCCGAGGAGAGGAACAAAGACCUGAAUUGAGACAUUUGGUACUAACUGAUCAACUGCAGUCAUUGACGUAUGGUCAGAUCAACAAUAUUCCCUCCACCGCUUGUUCUGCUUCAUUGUAGUGAACAUCUCUUUAAGGAAAAAGCCACUUGGGAAAAUACAUAUCUAAACCGUAAACUUCAAAUGCAUUAGGUAAACAGUUGCUAGCCAGCUAUUUAAUAACAUAGAAGACUUCCCGUACACUGCAUGUGUGCAGUGCAGUGCAUUUGCCUUAAUUGAACAAAUUCAGCAUAUGAUAACAGUGCCUCUUUGUAUCACACGGUGUACAAUGCGAUUCAUCCGGUGGUCGCAAUUAACAUUUGUUAACUCGCUCACUUCUUUCAGCAACUUGCAUGACGGCCAAAGCACUGUCUUUUCCUGCUAUGUGUUGAAAACUUGCUUUGAUUGUAGUUUGGUCAUUGCGUGUCAGUUGAUCAUGUUCGUACCAAAGGCAGGGCGCCCUGUUGUUCCGUCCAGUACGUGCAAUAAAAGCGUACACGAAUGGAGAUUCAGCGUGAGGGAAGCAAACACAGUACCUGAUGUACUGCGGACAAGCAGGAGUGUAUUUUAGUACUACCGACUCUCACACUGCGGCCUCUGUCUAGAUCAGGGCUGAACGCCUCCUGAUCGUCUCUUUAUUUUCGUUUACCUUUUCGUUCGUUUCAUUCUUGUUUUUACUUCAGUCGAAGGAUUAGAAAAGGGACGAGCUUUUCAACUUUGCAAAGGAAAGUUGAGAAAAGACUCUUGAUGAAUAUAGACAAACUUUUCCCCUCUAAAAUAAAAAAAAAAAAAUGUC